CGCCAAUUUCCGUUUCAUGUGGCUCCCCGCCCCCUUUCCAUCCCCGCCUGCCUCAUCGUCGUCCGACUGCUAUCCUUAAGGCGUAUCAAUCAAGCGUCGUUGUGUACGUUUUUAAGUGAUAUCUAACAGGCAGCAGUCCGCCUUCAGCAUGUGAUGCGGCUCUUCGUAUCACCCAUCGUUCCCGUCCUACUCCAGGUCCUUGGUUCCCCCCUUCUUCUCCGGAGCCUCUUCCAUCAACCUCUUCUUUCUCUUUUGCGCCAUCUCAGUUUUUGACACAGCUCAGCUUCAAUAACACCAUUCACUCCGUGGCCUAGGAAUAUCGUAGAGUCGUCUUGAAUCUCGUCUCGAGCUCUACCAUCAAUCACUGGAACCAAGCAAGCAGUCAGUACUGGAAGCACAGGAAUACCCCAAUAGCCACAUCGGACUAGCCGCAGUACGUUCAGCCAAAACAGCAAUGUGCUCGGUAACCAUCAACCAACGCCACCCUUCUUCUUCUUCCUCCUCCUCAUCCCGCCAUCGCCGCUACUGCUGUUGCAGCAUCCGCGUCUCCUGUUCCGGCGCCUGCCCUACUUUCACCUCGUCGUCCCGCUCUUACUCCUGCCCCUGCUUCUGUACUUCCUCUUGCUCCUCUCCUGCUCCUCCUCCUACUGGUGCCGAUGUCGAUGCUGGUGUUAUCCCUCCACUUCCCCCUCCUGGUCCUACGGUACCUCCAACUACGAGCCCAAUUACGGCUGCUGCGGGGUGGAGACGACAACGACGGGAACGACGGGACGCGGCUACAGACCGACAACAACCACCACCACCACCGCCGCCGCUAAGUCUUCUCCCCGCCGGACGUGUGGGCGGUAUGUCUGUCGCUACGCGGCGUAUUAGCGGUAUAGUGGCGUGGGUAGGCGAUGGGUGGAUGGUGGUGAUGAUGAUGUUGAUUGGAGGGAGUGGAUAUUGAUCAUCGGGUGAGGAGAUGAGUUUGGAGAUGAGUUGGGAUCUUGAUUGGGUCAGGAGGAGGAGGCGGCGGUGAGGGAGGGGGUUGGGUUCGAGGUGGUAGUCUUUCUUAUGAGAGUUCAUGAUGAUAAGGCGGCGGGCGGCUCUGGGGUGUGAGUGAAGUUCCUUGAUUGAGGCGUUGGCAAGUGAAAAGCGGCUUGGUGUCUGAUCGAAAGGAAGCGGCGUGGCGGAUGUUUCUGACAGUUAAGAGAUUGAUUCGCUCGGGAAGUGCGGACGAGUUCGGUAGUCAUACCCGUCGACAAGGUGCGCAAGGGCUGGAGCGGGCGAACUCGAGGUAGCGGGGGUUGUAUCAGCGGAUACAGCGGGUUGUGUCCUCCCACCCUGUGCUAAGAGCGUUGA